GUGGAUAUUUAAGGAGCUGCAUCGCAGAUCCUAAGAAGUUAUCGCGCACUGUUCACACAUCACUCCUCCAGCUCUUCUGCCUUCGGAAACAACUUUCAUCUGGAAGCUAUGAACAGUGGAAUCUGUGUCUGCGUGUUACUGGCUGUGCUCUCGACGAGCUGCUUGGGUCGCCCGGCCUCCGGCUCCGAGGAUGAGGGGACGCCGGCACAGCUGGGUCAGAGCCUGUCAGCGCCCCGCAGGACCGCCCGCUCAGCGCCACCUCAUGGACAGCCGCAGCCCUUCCAAAGGGCAGAGGAGGCUGCGGAGCAAAGAGCCAGCCUCGGGGAACUGCUGGCAAGACUACUGAACAGGAAAGGGUCUUUCCGGAGAAACUCCACUGCGAACAGCAAGGCCAGCGGCUUGAGCGCCAACCACAGGAUAAAAGACAGGGACUACCUCGGCUGGAUGGAUUUCGGGCGCCGCAGCGCUGAAGAAUACGAGUAUUCCUCAUAAGACAGAUUUUGCCCCGACUUCUGUACAGAGAAAUAGAAAAUAAUUUUAAUUCGUUGUCCUGGAGAUCUGUGUUUCGAGAAAAAUUAUUUAUUAUGUAUUUGAUGUAAAUUUGUUUGUAAAACUAUGAUGCAAUAUAUACAUAUGCCAAAUUUUGCAGAAAAAAAAGUUCUGUUUUUUUUUCUGGUUCCUUUUCAUAUUGUUAAUUUAAUAUUAUUAAAGUGAUUUACCUAGAUAUCAUAUCUUGUUCUGUCACAGGAAAGUUGUCAGGUGUUUCAGAAUAAAUCAAGACAGCAUAUGA